AACAUGUUGACAUUAAUGAACCAUGUUGUGAACAGGACUGCUGGGACACAGGAAGUAACAGAUGAACAACAGGAAGUGAAAAAACCUGAUGACCAAAACAGUGAUGAUAAAAGCAGUGUUGAAAACAUGGAUGGAGCAACAAAAACACAGCAAAUCGAGCAAAAUCUUUCAAACGAAGAUGAAGAAAAUACAUCUGAAAGCAGGACUGCUGGGACACAGGAAGUAACAGACGAACAUCAGGAAGCGAACAAAACAGAUAGUGAAUCUGAACCAACACCCAGCUCCCUCCCAUGUGAAAAAAAUGAGUGUAAACACCAAGAAAGUUUGACACAGAUGGAAACAUAUUACAAAGGAGAACUUAAAAAGAAAGAUUCUACUAUUCAAAAGCUAUGGAAGGAAAUGAAAUCACUGAAAGACAGAYUGGCACAAGACAUGGCUGUUUCAAUAAAGACAGGAGACACUGAGAGCAUGAAUGACCCGGUCAGUAAAACCAGACUGACUGAAAUGUACAAAAGUCUAAAGCUGGAGAAGUGGAUUGAAAUCAAAGAUCUUCUGAAAUCCAGUAAAACCAGUCCAGAGUCUACAAGGGCUUUGGUUCAGAAAACCUUUAAAGAUGCAGCAGAAGAAAUGAGAAGAAUAAAGCAGCAAAUAGAGGAAACUUUUGGAUCAACAGAGUCCAGCAGUGGACAGGAAAACCAAAAGGUUGACGGAUACAGAAAGCUGGCAGUUCACAAUCUCCAGUUGGCUCGGUACCACAGCAACAAAGAUCUUCUGAAGAGUCCCUUUCCUAAAUAUGAAGGUGAAAAAGCUGAGGAUGUGAUGGUGAAUCUGAGACGUCUUACCUCAGAGUGCUACUGGCUGGGCUGCUUGAUCGCUUUAAACAAUCCGCCUCUCCAGCCAGACUGGGAGUCUCAGCAUUAUGAGGAAAACUCCUGGGACAUUUUCCCUCAUGGGCUCAAAGAUUCUGAUAAAUAGACAAAGGACAUCAUGCAUGAAUGUCUUUGAUACAGUUUUAGUUUCCUGAAUGCACAAAUUAGGCUUCAUUAAAGCAAAAAUGAUAAAUAUUAAUCAAAUAUAUUACAUUUAAAAUAAAAUGCAUGUAAUGUAAAUUGUUAUUCUUAUUACAGGUUUGUUGUGCUUUUAUGUUAUUUCUCAGUAUUGUUCUGUCAAAUACAAUUGUAGGUGUUGGUAAAAUAAAAGUAUAUGUUGUGUGGGUAAAAGUAUUUACUAUAGAAUUACAAUUAAUCUGUCUGAAAUUACAUAUCAAGUUUUGUCUGGCCAAAUUAAAUGUCUUCAGUCUCUUGA